UAGUAAAUUUUCUAAUUUAUGAAAGUAUGAAACCCAUAAACGUUGAGUGCGUGUCAAAAAAUGAUGCAUACGAGGGCACUGCAUGUCGACAAGUGAUGGCACGUGUGUGAAUAAACAUGCAACAAAGCAAACAAGUGUUGUGUUUUGUAGCCAGACUUGCCUUCAUUUUUCACGUGCUCCUUUCUCUUAACCUUCCAUUCUCCCACAUGUUUUUUUUAGUUAUAAACUUACAACUCUGCCUAACUUUCAACCCUCUUUCCCAUUUAUAUUCACUCCUCAUUUUCCUUCUUUCUCUCUCUAAAAUUAUACCCCAAACAAAAUUUAAUCAAAAUAUUAAUUUAUAAAAUUAAAUUAAAAUGGAUUGUAAUCUUGAGCUUGGCCUAUCACCUUCUUCCACGUCUAUCUCUUCUACCGCUUCUACGAUCUCCACGGGUUCUAUUGGAGAUAAUUUGAAGGAAGGACAGAUGACCAUUUUUUAUAAUGGAAAGAUAUGUGUUUGUGAUGUUACUGAAGCUCAGGCAAAAUGUGUAAUAAAUCUAGCAAGCGGAAAAACAACAGAAGGAAUGUGUAAAUCUCCGGCCACAACAGGAAGAGCAGAUCUCAACAUUACAUUCUCAUCGCAACAAUCUCAAAGAUUACCACAAACCAGCCUUUCUAGAUCAUUGCGACAAUUUCUCGAAAAGCGAAAGCAUCGGAUCCAAGCUACAUCUCCUUACCAUCUUUAAUUUGAACUUAAGAACUUGUUUAGUCCCAGCAAAUCAGAUACUAGUUAGUAAUUGACAAAAUAGAUUGACUUGUUGGUUUUUAGCUAUAAGAGGCUUCGUAUGCUCUAGUAAUUCUUUGGUUCGUUGGUAAGAUUACCGAAUUACCUUUCUUGAUCGACUGAUGGAGUAUGUUGGUGUGAAUGUGUGAUGAUGUAGUGGACAAUUAUUUGAUGUGAUAUGGACCAUAUUUGUUUCAUAAUAUGGGUUAGUUCUUUAAUUUCUAGUGUUCAAAAAUAUUAUGUCUCGAUCUACUGACCAAAUAUUACGUAUUAAU